GAUUCAUAGGGCUCGGCCCAAAACAGAAGCACGAUGAUCAAAAUUGUACUCCUCGUUGUAUGUACCGGCAGCUUUAUCGUAGCGAGUCAGGCUGAUGAAGCCGUCGUUGCCGCAGUCGUGGAAGCCCGUCAGCAGUAUCCUGACUCACCGUUCUUCCAUUCCGUUGCCUAUCCUUUCGGUUACGGUUGGGGCAUAGCGGCCUUCGUGUUGGCCGUGUUCAAAGCAGUGUUCGUAUUUAGUGCUUAUGUGAUUUGGGCCUCUUUUGAAGCAGGAUUUGGCCGGGAACGAUCGAUCGACGGCGACGGCAGGGCGAACGAGUACCAGUGGAUAGAUGCGAUCGUACAGCUGGCGGCACCGGACGCGACGGAUGAAUGCCGCCGGGAAGUGAUCUGCGAAGCGGAAGCAUACGUGUCGGGAAACCCGUUGUUGCGGAUAUUGUCGCAAUUUGGUGGUGGCACGGGGAACGAGUGCAGGAUGGCAACUUUUAGUGGAGUGUGCAGAUCGAUCACGAUCCAGGAUGUGAUUGUGAGACAAAUCAGGCCGUUUUUCAACUACCAGUCAAAUGUCAAUUGGGGCACGUCGAUACUCAAUAAAUUGUUAUAAAAUUGAAA